UUCUUGCGGCAGGAGCAGCAGCUGGCAUGAAUCCCUGCAGCAGAAGAAGGGCAGGUGAUGACCCCGGCCUCGCCUCCUCUGCCCUCCAGCUGACAGCAUCGCAGCCGGGACACCACGCUGCCAGGCAGAGACCCGGCCGAGUCAAGCGCCGCAAAACCAAACGGGAGCGCAACUCUGCCAAGUUUGGCAGGGACGCUGCGGGCGGGCCUGGCGGCAGGAUGCUUCAGAGGAUGCCAGCCCUGGGCUGGAGCUCACACUGUGCCGGCCACGCCAAGUCCAGCCCUCUACCAGCCAUCGAAAGGGUCUUCGUCUCCAUGCCGGUCAUCAUAACCCAGCACAGGCUCAGCCAACAUCUGGGCAUGUUUAACAGGGAGGUGAAAUCAGCCGACAUCGAGAGGCUGCUGGGUCCCCGAAGUGAGCAAGAGACAGAGACCGAGACCAGUGCUGCGAUCCCUGGCGCAAUCAGCCAGGCUUGGGACCCCUGCGCCCCUGGCCAGCCAUGCACUCCAGACAGACAGCAUGGGACCAGCACGCCUGCACCCCACGCAGCGGGCGAAGGGCCCCAGCCUACAGCCGCGCCCGCUGCCAGGGAGCUGGGCCCAAGUCACUCUGAAACCGCAGCAGUGGAGACAGGAGAGUCCCAGGCCGAGCUCCCAGCUCCCCUGGACGAGAAGGAGAACGUCCCCCCGAGUGGGGCUGAGCCAGGCGGUGCCACCGCAGCCAUGAAGGAGCUGGCCCAGGAACUGCAAACCCAUCUCGACCUGACAUCGACGUUCCCGGGGCGCAAUCUGAUCAGCGAAAGGCGCCAGACAAUACUCAGCACCCUGCUGGACCGGCACCAAACUCUACCCGAUCUCUCUGCCCUAAUGGUGCAUAACAAGCUGUGCGGUGGCUCUGCCCAGGGAGGGAGAGAGGAGAGUGACCCGAACGGAGGACCUGGAAUUCCUUGGCACACGCGAGCCGUUUGACCAGCACAGCCUGCACCCCACAGCAGCUUCGUCUGACCACACACUCUUGUCCGGCUCUGCCCUACGCACAUGCACAAUAGCCACCUUUGCCGCGGAAGCGCCAGGCCCCCUGCCCAGAACCGCUCAAUGCUGUGGGAGAUCCUGGGAAGCCAUCUGGGAGCCCAGGACCAGGCUAGAGAGAGCCAGCAUGGCCU